AUGAUUUUAUAUCAAAGUGCAGUUUUUUGCACAGGAAGAUAUCACAGAAAUACAGAAAUUACUGUAGUAAGUAGUAGAAAUGCAACAAACGCGCUCUAAUGAAAACAAACAAAAAUAAAUAUUAUUUGUAGUUCUCCCGGAAUAAAUCAUUUUUUGAAUUCUUUUUUCGAAAAAACUGCUUCAAAUUUUCUAAAUUCAAGUAAUUUUCCAGCAAACUAGAUGGAACAAAAAAGAGAUGACGAUGAUUAUCAUACUCUAUCGAUUCUUGAAAACGUGGGUUUCAAUGUUGUAGGGCCGGACAAGCUCCACGAACUUUUAUCUAAAGCAAAAAAGAAGACUACAUUAUGCGCGACAAUUCGGAAGUUCCAAUCAGAUCGUGAACUAACAGUCCUUCAUUUGGGAUCUGCAUUGAAACUUUUGGAUAGCCAAGGAAUUGCGAGAUCGGAGUUUUAUGAUCUGGUAUGAUUUUUCUUAUUAAAAUUUUGUCUUAUUUGUUUUUUUUUUGUAGUGCCUGACAAAAUUGGCUGACAAAAUUAAAUGGAGAAUUGAAGAUAUGCGAAAAACAAAAGAUGGGGAUUCGAGAUUGAGGUUUCAUUUGGGAGAAUUUUUCCGUAUGCAUUCAGCACCACCAUUCCGGCCAAUUGUCAUAAAACUUAUCGAAUCGAUAUCUCCAUAUAUCGAUGAACAUUUCCUCUAUGCCAUUUGCAAAACAGAAGAAUUAUAUAAAAACUGUAAUAUGCAGGUGAAAAGAGUUUGUUGGAAAAUGAACGAAGAAUUGUUUUUUGAUGAAAUUCGGACAAAAGUAAAUGAAUAUCUCAAGAAUAAAGAAGAUAUUAUAUGUUCAAUUGAUCCAAAUCAAACAAACUUCUUCACUAAAGAAACCACAAAAUCUCGAAGGAACUGGCCUCAAAUUCCUGAAAUUAUUGCUAUGAUUGGAAAAAAUGAUAUUUUGUAUAAGGUAUUUAUGAAAUAUUUGAGAAAUCAAUUCAAUGAAGUUGCAAACUUCCAUUUAUGCUCUCUCAAAUCUGAAUUUACGAUAGCAGCACACGAAAAAGGCAUCGAAGAUCCUCUGUAUACUCAGCAUUUGCAGAUGUAGCUAAAUCAUAUUUUGAGGGUUUUCGUAGCUGAACCGUAGAAACAACUAGAAUCUCCAGCUAAAUCAAAGCAAAAAUUUAGCUCAGUGUUUCUGACCGAUUUCUCAGCUAAAACACACAUACGUUUUAGCUACGGUUUUUUGGCGCGCAAACAUGUUUUCUUCGUUUUGUUUUGUUUUUCGACGAUUUUCGUGGCUUAAAGCCUAGAAAAGUGCUGAUUACAUAUUAUAUCGUCUACGCGUCAGUGUUUUAUCGAUGGAGAACGAGUAAGUUCAUCUAAAAGUUACGUUUUACGUUGAAUUUUUGCAGAAAAACAGUCAGUUUGUUGCGUUUCUCGAAAAAGUGGAAAGUGAUGAUGAAAUCUUCAAUAAAUGAGGUAAUUCCAACAAAUUUUACAAUAUUCCACAAUGUUUCUCAAUUUACAGAUGUCAAUAACAAGAAAAAAGCCGGAUGUCAUGGAUGGCGACCAAUUUGGCUCCUCAUAG